CAGCUUCCCUGCCUCCCCCGCUCUGCCACGGAGAAGUCUUCUGAAGUCAGCUGGUGCCUCCCUACAGGGCUGGGCAAGAGGACCUAGACCCUGGGGACAGGUUCUCCUGCCCGGAAGGACAACCAAGGGUCCGAGGGACAACCCUUCCCCGCCAGGACCAAGGGUCUCGUCUCCGUUGGCGCUCAAGGCGCGGAGCAGCAGGCAUGGCCCUCCACGCCCUGCCCAACGACUCCUGGCAGAACAGCUCAGCCCCUCUCUUCACCGGCCUGGACCUCCUCCUGGAGCUGAAGCCCCUCUUCAUCCCUCUCUACGCCACGCUGGUGGCCGUGGCCUGCGCGGGGAACCUCUUCCUCAUCCUCCUCAUCGCCCUCACCAAGAAGCUGCACGGCACCACCAACUUCCUGAUCGGCAACCUGGCGGCGGCCGACCUGGUCAUGUGCCUGGCCUGCGUCCCCCUCACCGCCUCCUACGCCUUCGAGGAGCGGGGCUGGCUCUUCGGGGCCUCCAUGUGCCGCUUGGUCGCCCUGCUGCAGGCCGCCACCGUCUUCGUCUCGGUGCUGUCCCUCAGCGCCAUCGCCGUCGACCGCUACGUGGUGGUGGCCUAUCCCACCCGCCGGAGGCUGGGCCGCCGCGCCUGCCUCUGCCUCGUGGCCUGCAUCUGGCUGCUCUCCAUCCUGGCCUCGCUCCCCACCUCGCUGCACACCCACUACCUGGACCUCAACGCCGUCGGCCACGACAUGAUCAUCUGCGAGGAGUUCUGGAAGCACGAAGAGAGGGCGCGGCUGCUCUACUCCUGCCUGAUGCUCCUCCUGUCCUACAUGCUCCCGCUCCUGGCCGUGUCCCUCUCCUUCUGUGCCAUCACCUACCGCCUGAGGAGGAGGAGCGUCCCGGGUGCUGCCUAUCCCUGCCAGGACAGAUGGACCAAGACGAAGCAGAAGACCUUCCGGGUGCUCACCAUCUCGGUGGUGUGCUUUGCCAUCUGCUGGCUGCCCCUCCAGGUGGUGAACUUCAUCAGGGACAUCGACGAGGAUUUCACUAUCCUGGACAAGAGGUACGUCAACGUCAUCCAGGUCUCCUGUCACCUGGUGGCCAUGAGCUCUGCCUGCUACAACCCCUUCAUCUAUGCCUCCCUCCACGACAAGUUCUGGUUCCACCUCAGCAGCUACUUCUACCACAAGAAGAAGAGCUCCGGCAUCAUGUCCUGCAAGGCUUCUCGGGUCAACACCUGCUCCAUCCUGGCAGAUGCUCCCACUGGGGUCUCGGAUAAGAUAGCUUUGCAAACCAGGUUCUCCUAACUGAAGGACCCCAGGAGAUCAGUUUUGCUUUUGGACCUGGCGUGCACUUUGCUUUAGACUGGAGGUAGGAGCUGGUGGCUUGGUUGUGGUGGUCUGUUGGUGCUCCCAGUAGAGGACUCUUGUGUGUGGCAAGAAGCACCAGGGAACAAACCAAUGGACUCCAUGUCCUUGAGGAGCAGCUCAAGGAUGUUUUGUUCUUUGGGGAAAACAAACCAGUGCAACCAGAACCACGGCAGGGUCACUGGGAGCAGGAUGGACCUGCUGGCCCACACAGCCACGCUGGAGCUGCAGGAGGUGUUUCCACCCACCUGGUCAACCAACAGAUGUCUGAAAGACUUGUCAAUGUUGCUCAGCUGAUUGAAACAGAACAAUGGGGGAGUGUCCAGGGCAAUGACACAAGGAACCUGGUGAGGUUCUCUGUAAGCCUCAAGUUUUCAGAAAUGCCCCGAGGAGGGGCUGCCCCUCCACGGCUGGGCAGGGGGUUCAUACCCUGGGUCCCACCCCACGGCUGGGUCUGGAGUGGACACCCUGUCUCAGCUCACAUCUGGCUCUAGGAGGUGGCUGGAGCUGCAUCUGAAGCAUCAAGACCUCUCCCCGUGGUCUAUUGAGGAGGUGGGCCAGCUCCUCAGGCAGACAUCAGGGGCAUUUUGCACAACUCUUUGGAGAGCGGAACUCUUCAUGUUGUAGGAGGAAGGUUGUUCCUAAGCAACCAUCAGCAUUUUCCACCUCUGAAAAACAGGGGUCCUCACCCCUUGCCAGCAGCCGUUCUAUUGUGCUUUUCCUUCUGAAUCACAGCUCUUUGGUGAAAGGACAAAUACACCCCAGGAACCUGCAUCCUCAGCCAGGGCUGUUGGGGCCACGUGGCCACCAGAAGCAGGCAGGUUGUGGUGAGUUGGGCAACUUUCCAAACCCCCUUGGCUGUCUGAAGGAGCUACCAGUGUGAGCAAAUGGGAAGGUCCCAGCUUCUCCAGCCAACGGUGGCAGAUUCAAGGCACCAGCAUCCCCACCAGCACCAAGUGCCUGGGUCACCCAAGGCCAUGCCUUUGGUCCACCAUCUGCUCCUGUGCUCUACAAGGCCAAGCUGUGCAUCUCCCACCACUCUUCAUGCUCCAGUGACUGAACUUGAAAGCCCUUGUGAAGCAUCUCCUCACCACCACAUGACAGCUCUCCAUGGUGUUGGCCAUCACUCAGUGCUUUCAGGGGGCAGCUUGGCAUCCUCUGGUGAAGCCACAGCUGGUCAGACCCUCCUGGGAUCCCUCAGCCACUCUGAUUCUGCCCAGGCUGAGCUGCUGCCUGCUCACCUUCCUGCUGAGACCCUUAUGGAGGCCAAGAAGGACCAUGGUAACAUCUGUGGGGUAACCAGCUGGAGA